AUGGGGUUGCGAUUCAGGCCACCCAAGCAGACCCAACAGGUCAUGCCCGUCAAGCCGACCAAGGGCCACUUCCUCUUUGCGCACCAGGAAUUCCAGCGAGUGCCGUGGUGGAAGAGAAAGAACAUGCGCACCUUGUACAUUUACAUCAUUAUCCUCAUCAUGACCAACACGGCCAACGGGUUCGACGGCUCCAUGAUGAACGGUCUGCAGACGCUCUCCUACUGGCAAGAGUACUUCAACUAUCCCACAGGGCCCCUUCUGGGUCUCUUCAACGCGUCCAUGAGUUUGGGCUCUCUGAUCGGUCUCUUCGUGGUGCCGUAUCUGAUCGAUGCCUACGGCCGUCGGCUGGGAUGUUUCGUCGGCUGCUUGAUUAUGCUUCUUGCGGUGGGCCUCCAGACGGGAGCCACCGGCUUUGGCAUGUUUGUUGCAGCCCGUCUGUUGAUCGGAUUCGGAGACUGUCUUGUGCUCGGCAGUGCUCCGCUGCUGAUCGCGGAGAUUGCGCACCCCCAAGAUCGUGCGACUCUGGUGACGCUGAGUGGUGCCUCGUACCACUCGGGUGCUUUCAUUGCCAGUUGGGUGACUCUGGGGACACUGAAGAUCCAGAGCGACUGGUCCUGGCGCCUCCCCAGUCUCUUGCAGGCUAUUUGUACCAUUGUGAUUGUGUGCGGUAUCUGGAUCAUGCCCGAGAGUCCCCGUUGGCUCAUGAGCAAGGGAAGACACGAGGACGCCAUGCGGGUGCUGGUCAAGUACCACGGCGAGGGUGACGAGGACGAUGAGUUUGUGCAUCUCGAGUUUGCGGAGAUCAAGGCAGCCAUCGACCUGGACAAAGAGAUUGACCAGACCCGCUGGGUGGACUUCCUGAAGACCAAGGGCAACCGCAAGCGUAUUGGGUUGAUCACUGCACUGGGUCUGUUCAGUCAGUGGAGUGGAAACGGUUUGAUCUCCUACUAUCUCAAGCAAGUCAUGGACAGCGUCGGUAUCACCAAGGCGUCUACUCAACUCGGAAUCAACGCGGGUAUCAAGACGGAGGCUCUUGUAACCAACUUCACCCUCGCUUUCUUCGUCGACAGACUUGGUCGUCGUCCGGUCUACCUGGUCUCCACCAUCGGCACAUUCUUGGUAUUCAACGCAUGGACCAUUGUGUCGGCUCGGUAUGCCAUUGCGCCCAACCAAGCUUUGGGAUACAUCUUUGUCGUCUUCACCGUUCUGUACGGAGUAUUCUAUGACAUCAAAUCGGGUCUAAUGGCCACUUACACCACGGAGAUUCUCCCCUACGGUCUUCGUGCCAAGGGCUUUACGUGGCUGAACUUUUGUGUCACCGCGGCCCUGUUCUUCAAUCAGUACAUCAACGCUAUUGCGCUGGAGGCCAUUCACUGGAAGUACUACAUUUGCUACUGCAUCUUCCUCGGCAUGGAGUGCUUCGUCAUCUACACCUUCUUGAUUGAAACACGCUACACUCCCAUGGAGGAAAUUGCCAAGUACUUCGACGGUGAUUCCGCAGUGGAUGUGGGUGAGAUUGCCGUGGCGGAUAUGAAGGAGCAGGCACGAGAGGCCCACGACAAACCCUCGGUUGUUGAGGUCGAAGUCAAAUGA